UACCUACUCAAUACCGGUACAUUCCUAAAUUAAAACCAACCUUAAUUUUGCUUUCUAUAGUUCGAAUGGCCAAUGAUUGCCAACUGGACAACUAUUUUCUGAAUUUCACAUAUGGUCUACUAACAAUACUUCCUACAGUCCUACACAAUACCUUAGUGUUAUCACCAGGCAACCAUGGCAUGAAGUUAAUGUGUAUAGCAAAUGCUUUGACAGUUUGAUAUUGUGCCAGGGUUUCUGAUAUCAGGUUAUAUUUUUAUUUGACCAAUGCUUGCUAUCGCAUCAUCAGUUAAAGCUCCUCCCUGAGAAAAAUAGGAAAAUUUUUAUUCUAUAUAUAAUCAGCAUAGAUUAUUUGCCUGAUUUAAAACAGUAAUAAGGUGAAUAUUAUUGAAUUACAUUUUGCAAUUGCAGAAGUUAUAGGCUAUAGAAUAUUGUCAACAUAAAAUUAUAGAAUAAUGGUUCGUACCAAAGCUUGUUCUGGUACUGGGCGAGUCACAGCCGAAAAAGCUCCUAGAAAAAAUUUCGCUGCUGCCUCAAGUCGUAUUGACUUGGGAUCACCAUCUUCAAAAAAAGAUAAAUAUGCUGGAGGUAAUCCAGUUUGCCCAAGGCCUACUCCAAACUGGCAGAAGCCUAUUGAUCGAUUUUUCAUAAUGAACACAACACCUAAUAUUGUCAAUAGUUCAGAUAAAACAGAUGCAAUCGUUGAAAAAGAAAAUAUUAACCCGGGGUCAUCAACUAAAGAUAAUAACUCGCCUACUAAACGGAAAUUACAAACUGAAGAAGAAAGUGCCCCCGGGCCUUCCGGAUCAAAAAAAGCCGCUAAUGGUGCUGUUGUGACGAUGUCUGAUGAAAUAUCUGAGGACUGAAAACAUUAUUUGAAGGAGUUGACUGGUUAUUGACCAGACUUGCAUGUGAGAUACUGAGGAGGGGAGUAAAAUACAUCAGAAAUAUCGGUAGAAAACGAGCGCAGCUCCUCAUGUUUAUAUUUUUGUUCAAUGUUUCCAUUAUAAUUGAUGCUAUUAAUACCUUUCACUGCUUUUGUUUUCUACUGCCAAGUUUUUUUUCCAUAUAUCUUUAGGGCAUAAAUAAUAAAGUUUCAUACACAAUAGCAGUUCUGAAUAUAGCUUCAUGAACAAGAUCCAAU